UUCACCACUAUAUAUAUUCACAUCACUUUUAAACAUAGUGUCCUAGCCUUCCAAUUCUAACAAAAACAUGUCAAUGAGCUACGAAGUUAGGAUAAAUGGUGGAGUACUGGUGACAACCACUGUUAUUAACACCGUCGCUGAGCUUGAUGCACACCUUACGAACUUUAUCUCUGUCAUUCACCAAAACGCUGACAUCUCUGAAUGUGUUGUAGGAUUGGACAUAGAAAAAGACUUUAGACCACAUUACAGCUUUGCUAGACCACAUCACAACUUUGUUGCUGAAAAAGUUGCUAUACUGAAGCUGUGUUACGGCACCAGUUGCCUGAUCAUCCAACUAUUACAUCUAAAUGAGGCACCUUAUUCUUUGUCCAACUUCCUGCAACUCAAUUGGAUAUCCUUCGUCGGUGUUGGGAUUAAGCACUGCGUCGAAGCGUUGGACAGAGAUUAUGGUAUCAAGUGUAGGAACGCCAUCGAUUUAGGCGAGUUGGUAAGUACUAAUAUAGUAGCAGGAAGGUAUAGAGUGUAUGGCUUGCUGGAUAUACUGAAAAUGUUCCAGUGCAGAAAUUUAGAAUUGAAGAAGACGUUUCUUAGUCAUUGUAAAGCUGUAGCUCAGAGCAACUGGGGUGUUACUACAUUAUCUGUAGAACAGAUAGAAGCUGCCACUUUUGAAGCUUUUCUUUGCUUUGAAGUAGGCAACCACAUACUAGAAUCAAGGAGUCGCCCUGGUCAUUGGAUUAGGAUUUAACCAGAUAUUGGAUUUUAUGACGCAAGGAAUGAAUGCA